AUGGCCCUUCUCAUCGACACUGACAUCAAGGAUCCACCCAGCGCGAACAUCUUUUUGACACCAAUAAUGGCAGCUUUCCGUCUUCUUUUCUCGCUCUCGUCCACCAGCCGAGGCUUUGCUGCCAAUGCUGGCGGCUUCGGCCUUAAAAAGAUUCGAGGCUUUGCUGCCAAUGCUGGCAACUCUCAUACUAAUUUUUCUACGAUCCAGCGCCAUACCAUGACGGUGAUUAGGAAUCUGCACCAUGAUCGUAAAAAGAAGAAACGAAAAUUCACACAACAGAAGCAUGGCCCGGGCCACACACAAUCGAUUUAA